AUGCAAUCUCUUCGUAGUGGACGGGAGCCGCGGCGUGGGAGAGCCAGUCGACGAGCCAUUGAUCCACCAGUUCCGCGUCGAGAUAUCGCGUCGACUAACCAGCCACCGAGACGGGGCGGAGUUGAGAGCACUUGCCCGCCUAGUGCAAGCGCACGCGCGCCAUCGCUCAGCCAUGGCAGUCGCGUCUCCAUUGAGGCCUCGAAAACCGAAUGCACUGGCACAGAGCCGAACGCAUCUUGGUCGGGAAUUCCGUCGCUUUUGCCGCAGCCGGACGCACCAUACGCUCGAUGGCGCAAGCGCACGGAGGCCAUUCGGAUAUCCACUCAGGAAUAUGUCUCGUGCGAGAAGGAUGGAUCCGUUCGCCUCGGCGCAGGAACCGAGCUCGCGAUGCAGGCGACCUGCGAAACACGCGUGGCCGAGCGAGCUGACCUUGAGGUGUCGCAACCGAGCACAGUUCUGAGCCAGGUUCGGUGUCCAAGAAGAUCGCUUUCAACAAGUUGUCCGCAUGCUGCGUGCGCUCGCCUUCGCCAGGGCUCGUAUUCACCGAUGAUCAAUGCUCUUUUCGCAGCGGAGAAAGCGGCAUCGGACCCGCUCUCGGAUCCAGCCGAGUUGCACUUGACCAACAUGGCAAUCCAUUGCUGCGCAGAGGAGACGGAUGAAAUUUACGAGACGCUCCAUGAGCUGGAGUCGAGGCGGCGACCGCGCCUUGACUAUAUCGAAGCCAUUCAGGAGCCGCACAUCAACGCUCGAAUGCGAGCGAUCCUCGUUGACUGGCUCGCAGAGGUUGCGAGUGAAUUCCAGUUGAGUACCGAGACGCUUCAUCUCUCUGUCUGCUACCUUGAUCGGUACCUCUCCUUGCAACCUGUAUCACGCGAGGUUCUGCAAUUGGUCGGAAUGACGUGCAUGCUCGUUGCAGCCAAAGUGGAAGAAAUCACCGUUCCGCUUCUUGAUGAUUUUGUGUUUAUCAGUGCUGAAACUUACUCGAGAGCACAGGUGAAGGUCAUGGAGACGCAGCUGUUGCAGGGCUUGAAUUUCGAGCUCUGUGAUGUGACUGCGCUCCCAUUUUGGCGUCGUUAUGCAGGCCUUGCCGGCCUUGACCGGGAACAUGCCAGUUUAGCGCUGUUUCUGUGUGAACUGGCCCUCGUCGACUACCCUUUAUGUGUCCGCAUUUUGCCAAGUUUUCGCGCAGCAGCCGCGGUCUGGAUUGCGUCAAGGAUGUCAUGGCCUGAAAGCCUCUCCCAGGCAUUGCAUGGCAUCCAAGAUCCCCGGCAAAGCAGCGAAAUCCAGUUCGCAGCGGCAAGAAUGAUCAAACUCUGGCAGAAAGCUCUUACUGCCGAUCGCCUGGAAAUUGACCCCGUUCCUAACGACGCUCUUCAGCUCAGGAGCAUUGUUGAGAAGUACGGUAGCGAGGCGUGGUGCACAGUUGCUCGUACGCCACCGGCCGACGUCGCGUUCAUGCUGAGCGAAAACCCUUUCGGGCGCUGA